CAACUUUAUUACAGUCACGAGCAGUGCUCCUUCCUUCGAAAAGGCGGGGUUUAUCGCACUCCCACUUUACCCAGAAUGCUGUCGGGUGACCUCAUUGUUGACGGUCGCCACAGAGCGAAGGCGCGCGCUUUCUCAAACUCUCCGCAGCUUUCCGUCUCGCCUUCAGCUCCCCGUCAACAAGCGAUGUCUUCUCGCUAUAAACACUGCGCCGACAGUGACUGCAGGACUGAAGAAAACAGGAACAAAGGACAAAGAUGGUCUCAUUGCAGGAAACGGGACGCUGAUGGGAACGUAAGAAGAUCCCGCGAUGAGUCUGAGACCCACACUUCAGAUGGAAGAGGAUCGAACAGGCCAGAAUGCUUCACAACUCCAGAAAGUGCAGGACCUAUGUCGAGAAUAAGAGACUGGGCAGAGGAGGUGGAGAAUGACGAAAUGCGCACUAGCGUUCGACGGGACAUGGAGCGUUACAGACGGCGGAUACUGACUGGAGAUUCUGUUCAAAGAGAGAGGAAAAUGUCAUCUGGAAGUUCAGACUCACGAGACUCCAGAGAUUCUCCUGUACCCGGGGACAUCGAGACUGACGAGACCGUCCUGAUGAGGAGACAAAAGCAGAUUAACUAUGGGAAGAACACCCUCGCCUAUGACAGAUACGUUAAAGAAGUUCCCAAGCACUUGAGAAAACCAGGGCUUCAUCCACGAACUCCCAACAAAUUUAAGAAAUACAGCCGCCGCUCCUGGGACCAGCAGAUAAAACUGUGGAAAGUCAAACUUCAUGCAUGGGACCCUCCUGCUGAUGAAGGAAGCGAUCUGCAAGCUGUAGAUCUGGGCGAGGUCAUGGACUUUGAGCUGGACGUGGAGUGCUCAGUGGAUCCUGACCCAGAAGCAUCGAGCUCAAAAUCUAGUAGUUCUUCAUUAUUCCCUGAGGUUGAUUUGUUGCGGGACUCAGGAACCCCCCACAAGAUGAUGAAGAUAGACGAAGCCGAGAUGGCUUAACUGCUCUCACUGAUGCUCUGAUAAUGCGAGAGAACUGUUAACGCACUGAACCUCACCUGAUUUUACUGUUAAUAUUCUAUGUUUAUGAUUGCUUUUUUUCUUUCUUUUUUUUUCUUUUUUUUUUUUUUACAAAAAAUAAGUACAUCUCAAAUACAUAAAAAAAAAUAAAAAUUCUUAGUGAAUUCAUAAACUAUGUAAUGUUAGUUGAAAAUAAAAAUUUGUUCUCCAUAUGGGCAAGGUUUUCAUAUCAAAGUGUUUGUUUUUCAUAUAUAAUUGUUGCAAAGUAUUGCUUUUAUUUUUUAUGGUAUUGUAAAUUUGACAUUUACAAUGCAUCUGUUCAAUAUUUAACCAGUUGUUUUAUAAGGGCCACCAUUUUGAAAUAAAGAAAUUAAUCUGAAAAGA